UGUUAUUAUGCUGUGCCUGGCAAAUGGGACAAUGCUUCUCCUUGCAGAAUACAGGAAAGUUACUAAACAUAUUGCUGUACCAGAUAGCUGGUCCACAAAGACUAUCCUGAAUACAGAAUAACCCGAAAGGACCCAUUAUGGCUUGUGCUGUCAUGCAGUUUUUACGGAAAACCCAAAGCUUUAGGUUCCUGUGGACUCCCUUGACCACAUCCUUCCGAUUCUCUAAAAAAGGCUAUAGGGUAUUAGCCCCUCAGAAUUUUUUAAACUAUGAAUCCUUAAAACAACAGUACAAACCAGAAGUGCCAGAGUACUUCAAUUUUGCAACCGAUGUGCUGGACAAAUGGACUGAAAUGGAAAAGGAAGGAAAGAGGCCUACAAGGCUAGCCCUGUGGUGGGUAAACGAUAAAGGCGAUGAGGUGAGGUGGAACUUUGAGGAGCUUGGAUUCCACUCCAGAAAAGUGGCCAAUGUACUCUCUGAGGUAUGUGGUCUGCAGAAAGGAGACAGAGUUAUGCUGAUGCUACCCCGGAUACCAGAAUGGUGGCUAAUAAAUGUGGCUUGUAUGCGAACAGGAACUAUCCUUAUUCCUGGGACAACACAGUUGACAGCAAAAGAUAUUCUCCAUAGAGUACAAACAUCAAAGGCAAAGUGUAUUAUCACUGAUGAUGUUUUGGCACCAGCUGUAGAUUGCAUUGUGUCCGAAUGCCAGUCUUUGAAAUUCAAGCUAAUUGUGUCAGAGGACCAGAGGGAAGGAUGGCUGAACUUUAAAGACCUAUUUACAAACGCUAAUGCUGAUCACAGUUGUGUGACCACAAGGAAUCAAGAUCCAAUGACCAUCUUUUUUACCAGUGGAACAACAGGGUCUCCAAAAAUGACUGAACAUUCCCACAGUAGUUAUGGCAUUGGACUGACUGUAAAUGGAAGGUACUGGCUGGAUUUAACCUCCUCUGACAUACUCUGGAAUGCAUCAGACACAGGCUGGGCAAAGUCAGCUUGGAGUAGCGUUUUUGCACCAUGGAUUCAGGGGGCAUGUGUGUUUGUACAUAGCAUGCCACGUUUUGACCCAACCACUGUCCUAGAUACUCUGUCCAGAUUUCCCAUCACAACCUUCUGUUCUGCUCCAACUGCUUAUCGAAUGCUUGUGCAGCAUAAUCUGACCAGCUAUAAAUUCAAGAGCCUGAAGCACUGUGUGAGUGCAGGGGAGCCAAUGAACCCGCAAGUGAUGGAGCAGUGGAAAGAGCAAACCGGGCUGGAUAUCUAUGAAGGUUAUGGUCAGACAGAAACGGUGCUGGUUUGCGGAACAUUCAAGGGAAUGAAAAUUAAACCAGGUUCAAUGGGAAUGCCGUCUCCAGCAUAUGACGUUAAGAUUAUAGAUGAACAUGGCACUAUUCUGCCUCCUGGAGAAGAAGGAAAUAUCGCCAUCAAAGCAAAACCUACGAGACCUUUUUGUCUUUUCACUCAAUAUAUAGAUGAUCCAGAGAGAACUGACUCAACAUUACAAGGGAAUUUCUAUAUCACUGGGGACAGGGGGAUUGUAGAUGAAGAUGGAUACUUCUGGUUUGUUGGAAGAGAUGAUGAUGUCAUCAAUUCUGCUGGAUAUCGUAUUGGACCAUUUGAAGUAGAAAGUGCACUGAUAGAGCACCCAGCAGUAGUAGAAUCAGCUGUUGUCAGCAGCCCAGACCCCAUCAGAGGAGAGGUCGUGAAAGCCUUUGUUGUUUUGGCAUCUGAUUAUGUUUCACAUGAUCCAGAAAAACUGAUUCAAGAGCUACAGGACCACGUUAAAAAGGUCACUGCUCCAUACAAGUAUCCUAGAAAAGUGGAGUUUGUUCAACAGUUGCCAAAGACAGUCAGUGGGAAGAUCAGAAGAAAUGUAUUGCGCAAGCAGGAGUGGGGAAAAGCUUAGAGUUAUCUAGUGUUUAUUUUCCAUAAUUUGUUCAUCCAAAAAUAUUAUAUAUUACUGAUAUAUGGUGCAAUUUUUUGUUCUCUUGACCUAUUAUACAUAUUACAAAUUUAGAGCAUCAUCGUGCAUUGUAUGCACAGCUAAAACUUCAUGGACUUUAGUGAACAUUUUGGCUAUGCAAGCAAUGCAGGGUUAGAUCCUCAAAGUGCUUAUUAAACACUGAAACUUGCUAUUCAAGCUAGUCCACAUUUCCAGGCCAGGUCACUAAACAUGUUAAGUUCUGACAGGAUGAUACCAGGAUCCAUGAUUGCAUGUCUGGCCUAAAUCCUACUCCUGUUUAAAAAUUACUAUCUGUGGUAGUGGCUGGAUAUAAGAAUUUAAUAGCAAAGUUUGUGUGUUCUUGUGCAUUUCAAUAUCCAAGAUGCUCCUCCAGCUCAGUUAUUCAACAGGGUUCAUGUCCAAGCUCCUGGAGCAAACAAAUUUGAGUGUACUUGCCUGCAUUCAGUUCCUCCUGUGUUCUGGGCAAUCAAGUGUGGUGCAAGGCUUUCCUCAGUUUAAGUGUUAAUAUAUUUAUUAAAAAAAAAUCAUAAAGAAAAUUAACCCGCA